CCCCACAGUCCGGUUCGGGUCGGGAUCAGCAGCGGCGACCCGCGCACCGAAUGCUGCUGGACCCGGGGACACCCAAGGGUGUGCCGACGGAUGAUGGGGGACCGGGUGGUCGUGGUGGACCACCAGGUGUGGGGUCAGGGACCGUUAGUACAGCUGCGGCUGCGGCUGCGGCUGCUGCUGCUGCCGCUGCUCUAUCGGCGGCCAAGGGUGCGACGGAUUUCUCGAUAGCUGCGAUCAUGGCACUGCGGGAGGGCUCCAGCAGGAGCCCUCUGGAAGCAGUUUUCGUAAGUGGGUCACAAAACUCGUCCGUCGAUCGACUGUCCGAGGCAGACGAUGAGGUGGACGUGGAUGUGGAAGAAUGCAGCGAUUCCGAGGAACCCAAGUCCUCCGACAGUGGCCGUGUGACUCACUCGCGCACGACCGAAACACCGAACAGUAUAUCCGUGUCGGACGAGGAACGACUUUCACCGGAACCAGCGCAAAAACGGCCCACCAUCGUAGGGUCCUGCAAUUCGGAUGACUUGCGACCGGUUCAGUGUCACCUGGAGACGAAGGAACUUUGGGACAAGUUCAACGAGCUUGGCACGGAAAUGAUCAUCACCAAGACGGGAAGGCGCAUGUUUCCAACGGUGCGCGUUUCGUUCUCCGGUCCACUGCGCCAGGUUACGCCAGCCGAUCGGUAUGUUGUGCUGCUGGAUGUGGUCCCGGUUGACAACCGGCGCUACCGUUACGCGUACCACCGGUCGGCGUGGCUGGUGGCGGGCAAAGCAGAUCCUCCACCACCCGCCCGACUCUACGCCCACCCGGACACGCCGGUCGGGGCCGAUGCCCUGCGGAAACAGGUUAUUUCCUUCGAAAAAGUGAAACUAACCAACAAUGAAAUGGACAAGAAUGGUCAGAUUGUCCUAAACUCAAUGCACCGCUACCAACCCCGCAUACACCUGGCACGGCUGGGACCCGGCCAAAACAUCCCCAUCACACCAAAGGAGCUGUCCGACGUCGACCACAAGACGUACGUGUUCCCGGAGACGAUCUUUACGGCAGUAACGGCUUACCAAAACCAGCUCAUAACGAAGCUCAAAAUUGACUCCAAUCCAUUUGCCAAGGGGUUCCGCGAUUCAUCUCGCCUGACUGAUUUUGAUCGAGAUCCGAUGGAUGCCCUACUUUUCGAGCAGCAUAUGCGAUCCCCGUUGCGCAUGUUUCCCGACCCGCUGAUGGCACAGUUCGCAUCCGGUCCGGGUCCGGUCGAGCUGUCGGAUGCAUCGUCCGCCGCGCUGCUAGAGAAAGCACGCCAGCACCUGCAAAUGUGGGGCCGGUCACCCUACAGCGAACUGCUGCUGCCCCAGAUGUACCAGCGUCCCCAGAGCCUUGGUGCGCUUAACCUUGGCGUUUGGCAGAACUCGGCCAGUUGGCCUGCCAGUCCCCAGUUACCGCCCGGGUUCCUGCCGAAUACGGCCGCAGCAGCAGCAGCAGCAGCAGCCGUUGCAGCGGCAACUUCUGCUGGUAGCUCCCGGCACACGUCGCCACCACCACCACCACCAACACUGGGACCUUCGGGACCUUCCCUCAUGUCACCGGCGACUCCACUAACCCCCACGAGUUCUUCCGGAUCACCGUCGCCAGAUCCACGAGCCAAACACUUUACACGCUUUACACCAUACCAAAUACCGCCACAGUCGCACUCGCACCAACCUCAACUAGCGUCGACGCAUCUUCCACUUGCAAUGUCUCCCUCACCUGGCCCGGCUAGAUCACCGAGCAGUCCUGCUAACUAA